AUGGAGAGAUCUGUAAAGAGAGAUCAAGCAGUGAGAUGUAUCGUAGCCAGCAAGAUCAAGCAAGCAGACGAUCCUGUGUCGUUGUUCGCUGCAAACAUGAAAUCUCUGCAUUUAUCUGGAAAACUCGCCUUCCUUACCACUUUCGUUCUCCUUUCCCCAACUGGCGCGCUCAGAGUUCAAUCCAACCUCGCAUUUUCUCCGUCGCUUCUCAUCUCGAAGAACUCCCAUGCGCUUGCCCUGUCUUCCGUCCAAGGACGAAGGGUUGUCACGCUCCUACGAGAUUCGAAGGAUGGAAGAAAAUUUGACAACCUCAACGAUCGAGCCAACAAGCUGUCGGAGGAGGCGAAGAAGUACGAGAACUCAGACGUCUCCGACCUGGCUGAGGGCUUCCUUACAGCGGGAGCGGCUGCUCUCUUGGUGGGACUUGCAGCCUGGGCCUUUGGGCCGAGAAGGGCUGGAGCUGAGAUGAAGACGUUUGCGUUCAACAACGCGCCUCAGCAGGAGACUCUUGUUGGGCCAACCCUCCCUGAUGACACGUUCAUCUCUGCUUCCAAGUGGGAAGGCGCCAAGAAAGGUUUCGUCUUCAAGACUGGCCCCAAGGGGCUGGGCUACUACCUGGACACGGGGUUGUCGCUUGAGGAGCUGGGAGGAAAGAGCGGCGGAUUUCACAUCCCAACUCCAGUCACUGUUGCUGUUGGAGUUGUCGGUCUCGGUGUGACAGGGAAGUUUCUCCUCAAGAACCGCGGCACUCUCACGCUCGCUGCCAUGGCGGCAAAAGCGGCCAUGAAGGCUCGAAGCGCCUCGUCCCCCAUGAACGUGGGAGGAACUGCAGGGGGGGCAGCAUCAGCUGCGGCAGCUGGAGCUUCAGCUGGAGCUAAGGCAGCAGAAGCGUAUCAGACCGCAGCAGCGAGUGCAGAGACGUUCGCAGGAAAGGAUCCUGCGACCAUGAAAGCAGCUGAGCUCAAGAAGGCGAUUCAGGAGCUUGGAGGCAACCCGUCAGGUCUGGUGGAGAAAUCAGAGCUCGUCGCUCUUUUCCGCGAGCUUCAGUCGUCUCCGAGGACAGUGACGACAAGGAAGUACAACCCUGCUGAGGAGGACAUGUCCUCUGCUGCUGCUGCUGCCGAUUUCGAUCCUACCAAGGUGGACCAAUCGGCUCUCAACGACAUGAUGGGCAAUCCGAUGAUUCAGGCCCUGUCGAAGCAAAUGAUGAACGAUCCAGAGACGAUGAGAGAGUUCCAAGAGGCGAUGUCGAGCGGAAAGGGUAUGAACGAGCUUAUGAGCAGCCCGAAGUUCCAGAAGAUGACGGAGAACCUUAUGUCGAAUCCUGAGGUGAUGCGCAUGAUGCAAGAUCCAUCGGAGAUCAACAAGAUGAUGGACCAGAUGAAGAAGAUGGGGGUGAACCCUCCUCGCGGCUUCUAA